GGCGGCGGCGGCGGCGACGACGGCAGCGGCGGCUGAGCAGGCUCGGAGCGUGCGUCGGCGGCGGCUCGGGGUCCGCCCGCGGGCUGCGGUGCGAGCGGGCGGCCAGGCUCUCCUCCUCCCCCGCCCGCCGCCGCUGUGAUUGGGUGGAAGAUGGCGCUGGGCGGAUGGAAAUCCUAAUGACAGUCUCCAAAUUCGCCUCCAUCUGUACCAUGGGCGCCAAUGCCUCGGCAUUAGAGAAAGAGAUUGGUCCAGAACAGUUUCCUGUCAACGAGCACUAUUUUGGGUUAGUCAAUUUCGGGAACACCUGCUACUGCAACUCCGUCCUCCAAGCACUUUAUUUCUGCCGUCCGUUCCGGGAGAAAGUUCUCGCCUACAAGAGCCAGCCCCGGAAGAAGGAGAGCCUCCUCACGUGCCUGGCCGACCUCUUCCACAGCAUCGCCACGCAGAAGAAGAAGGUUGGGGUCAUCCCGCCCAAGAAGUUCAUCACGCGGUUGCGGAAGGAGAAUGAGCUUUUUGACAACUACAUGCAGCAAGAUGCCCAUGAAUUCUUAAAUUACCUACUAAAUACGAUUGCUGAUAUUUUACAAGAAGAACGAAAGCAGGAAAAACAGAAUGGCCGUUUGCCUAACGGUAAUAUUGACACUGAAAAUAACCACAGCACACCAGACCCAACGUGGGUUCAUGAGAUUUUUCAGGGAACAUUGACUAAUGAAACCAGAUGUCUUACUUGUGAAACCAUAAGCAGCAAAGAUGAAGAUUUUUUAGACCUUUCUGUUGACGUGGAGCAAAACACAUCAAUUACUCACUGCUUACGGGGUUUUAGCAACACGGAAACUCUAUGCAGUGAAUACAAAUAUUACUGUGAAGAAUGUCGCAGCAAACAGGAAGCACACAAACGGAUGAAAGUUAAAAAGCUGCCCAUGAUUCUGGCUCUACAUCUGAAAAGAUUUAAGUAUAUGGAUCAACUUCAUCGAUAUACAAAACUUUCCUACCGGGUAGUUUUUCCUUUGGAACUUCGUCUAUUUAACACUUCAGGAGACGCAACCAAUCCUGACAGAAUGUACGACCUCGUGGCCGUCGUGGUUCACUGUGGGAGUGGUCCCAACCGAGGCCAUUAUAUUGCAAUAGUUAAGAGUCACGAUUUUUGGUUGUUGUUUGAUGACGACAUUGUAGAAAAAAUAGAUGCACAAGCUAUUGAAGAAUUCUACGGGUUGACAUCCGAUAUCUCCAAGAACUCGGAGUCUGGCUACAUCCUUUUCUACCAGUCUCGGGACUGAGGGAAGCGGCACGGAGACUUUCUGCCUCGUGUCUUCUCUGGUCGUUUGGGCAAGGAUCAAGCACGGAUGUUCCCAAGACGAGAGAAGCGAAUGCAGGGAGCUCUGGGGGCAGUGGCGCCCUUUGCACACAAUAAAGCAAAGACCGUGGAUGGACAUGCUCUUCCCGUCCUGGCGGUCGAUGGGUUUGCUCAGGUAUCACGCUGUCUGCGCAGCUGCACACAAAGCGAGAGCAGAGGUACCAGCUCCUCUUGUCCAACAGCCUUCCAGUAAUUGACACGCAUCUUCUCCUCCUCCGUGGCACCCGUCGUGGUUGAACUCCUUGGGGGUGCAGUAGAAAGCAUAGGAGUCCGUGUGAGGUUGGCCGGAGGCCGCGGGGGCCAGCAUUGAGCACACCGCAUCCGCCUGGCUGGGUUGAACCCCUUGAGAAGGAAUCCUGGGUGGUCUUUCCAAGCGUAAACCAGAAAUACUUUUGGGCCCAACAUUUGCAGUCGCCUUCCUGAUGUAAAGAAACUAACCGAUGCUAGAAUCCAGUGUCAGGAAGACAAAUAUGUUUGCUUCUCUGAAGAAGCUUUUAAUCAUAUACAGUAUAUGUAUAUCUAGGGAACAAUUGGUCAAAAGCGGCUUUUUGUUUCCCCAAGGGGAAAGACUGGCUUUGUAAUUAUACUUGGUUUCCUUAUUUAUUUUCCUUAAAACUGGUAGAGUCCAAGUGUUGUAUGAAGUGCCCAUGAUUCUGCCAGUGACUUGGAGCAUAUUUUUAUUAGUUUUUGUCGGUUUAACUAAUCCUUUUGUUUGUUCCUAUUUUUAAGGUGAAUUUUAAACUAUUCUAAAUCGUAAGUUACCUUAAGACCCAUUGCAGUGAGAGGAAGUAGAUACUCUUUUUUUCAGGAGGAACUGAUAUCUCGGCUACACAUUCGUCCUCGUUGUAAAGUCAGUUAUCUGAUUCAGCUUUACUUUCAGGAAAAUAAAGGACUGUCAGAAUCUCGGUGUGGUUGUGGCAGGAUGGACGAGAGCGCGGGCAGUGGUGGCGUGCGGGUCCGAGAAUCCCUGAGCGCUCGGCGUCGGGUCGGGGCCGCGUCUGCGAAGUCCCCGUCCCCGUCCCCGUCCCCGUCCUAGCAGUUCCGUCGCUUCCGGGGGUCGGUCAUCCCGCAGGAAGUGAUCCCUCCCGGCCCAGCGCCCGGGGAGCGGGGCAUCGGGCGAGGACCACACCCGGGAGCCCGCGCACGCGAGUCCCCGCCCCCCUUCCGCCUUGACGCAUCUCCCUGGAAGAGCGUCCCGCAAGUGGACUUGGUGUUUGUAAAAGACCUGACUCCCUCGGGCGUUUUCGGAAGCGACGCAGGCGAUGUGAGCCGUCUGUAGACGCUGCAGCUGACACGUCUCACGCCUCAGCAAGUUGUCUGACAGUGGCCAGGCGUAACUGGCAGAAAGUGGAGUAGGUGUUCAAGGAAACAGCAAUCCGGUCUUAGAUGCUCCUUAGCCAAGUCCUUUCAGGCAGUAAUCUUUUUUUUUUAAUUGCUGUCCUUUUCUAAACUUCUCUUACUGAUACUGUUGAAUCUGAACAACAAACAACAAAAAAAGAAUGUGUUGUCUGCUGCUAUUAUUAGCACUUAUUUUCAGUAUCUUUCAGCUCAGGAAAUGACUUCCCCUCUUCGUUCAGUGAAUAGAUCUUUAACAGGGUCGCUCAGCUCCUGGGCGGUGGAAACAGAUGUGCUGGGAGAGGAUGAGGAUCUCUUUGACAGCUUUUGCCUUUGAAGGCCGUCUCCAGAGCCUUCCCCUGGCUGCGGUGGUUUUGUACGGACGACAGGGCCUGCCUCACCUGCCAGCAUCGCACAGGCGACCACCACAGGCACAUGGGCAGGGUCGUAGCUGUGGAGGUGGAUUCAUUUUUGUAUUUUGAGGGCUUCCACCAAAUUGUCUUGGGAGUGAAAGCUGUAUUUCUGCAGCUUUCCGUACGGGGAAAACGUGAAGCGGGACCAGUGUGUACUGUGUUGGGCCAGAGCAUGUGUGAGAAAGGGCGAUGAAGUCAUUUGCAUAAAGGUACAGCCUUUGGGAUGGGAUGUGUUCGUUUUUACAUUUUUGCCUUUUUAAAAAAAACGCAGUACAUUAAAGCCAAGGUUAACUUUCCUGUUGAAGCAAGUUCUGGAAUUUUUCUUGAGGUCCACGGUGGCCACACACCCCGCACAUCUUCACCCUCUCAGGUAGGACGGCUUGCCGGGGGUGGGGGGACUCUGGGACGAUGGCUCUCAGCAACCUUGGGCUCUACGUGCAGCUGCAUCCACGUACAUUGUUUCCAAGCUUAUCAGAAACUCAGUACACUUUAAAGACAUCUCGGGUUGGGGUUGGGGGGCAGCGCGGAUGGGAGAGGAGAAGUGACCCGUACGGAAAGCUUCGCGAGGCUGUGUUGACGGGCUGCGGUUGAAAUGAGGGCGAGUCUCCGUCGUAAGUCGUGGCUGAGCGCUCUCUCACUAUAUAUGUGUUUGUUGGGAUGGCUGUCCCGUAUUUUGUAUAUUGGAGUAAAAAGUUCUAUAAAUUAUCGUAACUGAAAGUAAAUAUUCUAAAUUAAGUCUCACUUCUAAGUCGCAUGGCUUCUGUCUUGGCACUUUUCCCUUGAGAAGCUUGCUCAAGACGGGAGCCAUGCACCUGGGCAGAGGGGAGUGUGUAAUAUAUGGGUCCCUGUGCCUCUAACCCUCCGUGUGGGGUGUUUUCUUUCCUUGAUGGCAGGAGAAUGACCUCCCUUCCAUUACAUAUUACUCUUGAUACUUUCUUUAAAAAUACUUCUCAUUAAAGAUCUCUCGUGAGGUAUUUACCUGGGAGCCCUCAGGUCCUGGCUCUUCAGUGAAUUUAGCUGUGUGACCUUGGGCAGGUCACCUAACCUCUCUGUGCUUCACUCUCCCUAUCUUGUAAAAUGGGAGUGAUACCUACCUCACAGGGUUGUUGUGGGGAUUAAUUAGAUAUAAUGUCUGUAAAGCAUCUAAGGUUCUUGAAGAAGGCGCUAGAGAAAUAUAAAAUAAUAUCUAUUAAAGUUGGUUUAUUUGUG